AUGACCAAAACUAAGUUUGAGCGGGACAUGGACAAGAAUGUUAAGGAAAUUCAGGAUGUUUUUAAAUCUUUGGGUAUUCCAAUCUUAACAGAAGAGAUUAGAGGUUCUAUGCCAAAACAGCCCGAGGGGAAAGGGAAGAAACUACUAUCUGACAAUCGUGAUUCUGACAAUGAUUAUGAUCCAUCAUCUGAUAUUGAUAACAAAUCUCACACUGAUGAUUCUAAUGAGUACACUUCCAAAGCCAACCCUAAACCUCCACCUAUUUCUAGUACCAGCCAACUGCAAGCCCAGCUCACUACAAGCAGCAACCAGACCAACCAAAUUACAAGCACAGUGCCUACUCAUCCAAUAAUCACUAGGACCGGUCCAGCCAUGUCUUCACCUCUUCCAAACACAGUGCCUAGUCCUCGUAAGUUCACUAGGCAAACUGCAGCCAGGCCUAUGGCUGGUGCAAACCCUGCGUAUCAUCCUAGUGUAUCCACUGCUACCUUGUCUCAUCAACCUACUCCCAAUGAUGUAGCCAUGUCUACGGCUGGUGCAGCCAUGUCUUCACCUCUUCCAAACACAGUGCCUAGUCCUCCUAGGCAAACUGCAGCAAGGUCUACGCCUAGUCCAAACCCUGGUACCUUGUCUCGUGAACCUACUCCCACAACUAGUGUAAACCAAGUGUUGGAAACCUCACCAGGUGCACAGAGUUCUAGGCAAAGCAAUGACCUCAAUGAGUCAGUUGAACAAUUUGGGGCUGCUACUUCAGAGGGUCAUACAGAUGAAGGAGAACGAGAAGUCCGCAAGAAAACCAUGGGUCAUGGAUUAGAGAAGAUGCUAAAUAGAGGAAAGAAGAUGGCUAUCCAAGUGGCUGAAGGGAAGAAAAGACCUGAUGUACCACUUGAGGCAGCAAAGCUGGCAUCAGAAACUGGUGUGCUCCUUAGAGACAACUUGCCUAUCUUCCCAUCCUGGAAGGAUUAUAAUGAUGAGGCGGGGCAACAAGAAGUCAAAAAAUCUAGGUUGGAUGUGGACGUUAAGAACGAGGGACCAAGCCUUGAUGCAUGCACUGAUAUCAUUAAGAGGGGAGUAAGGCAGACGAGGUAUCACCUAAAAAGGAAGUACUUCAAUGAGUCACUGUCAAGAGAACAGUUGUUGGCCAAAGAACCUCCACCAAAGAUGAAGAAAGAGGAAUGGAUCAAACUAGUGGAGUAUUGGUGUGACCCAAAGAAUCAGGAGAGAUGUGCUAAGAAUAAAGUCAACCGAGGUGAAGUGCAGCUGCACCAAAGGACUAGAUCUAGGUCCUAUAUUGCCCAUCGGUACAGCUUGAGGGCUAAGUACAACGACAUGGAACCUAAUGCUGUUGAUUUCUUUGGUGAAUGCAUGAAUAGUCCCCAAAGUGGUCGAACUCCUCUUGCUAAUGAAAUAUAUGCACAAAUGGUGGCAGAGAAGGAAAGAGAGCCAGAAGAAGGAGAAGCACAAAAGUUGCCCUCCAAGAUUGUUGCUGACAGUCUCAGCCAGAUUAGCCGUUCAUCCACCUUUCUUCCCAACACUGGUGUCCCUCGACCGCCAAAGACUGGCCGUGCCUCAUCGACAGCAGCACAUGCACGCAUGCAAGCUGAGUUUGAGGCGAGACUCCAAGCUAAAAGAGAUGAAGCUGCUAGGAAGCAGGAAGAAUUGCAAGAACAGCUUCAAGCUCAGCAGGCCGCACUUCAAGAAAACCAGAGUUUGCUGCGCCAGACCCAAGAGGAAGUGAAGUGGAUGCAUACCAAGUUUGAAGAGACUAAUGCACUGCUGCGAGCUAUCCUGAAACUUUAG